UCCACUUCCUCAUAUUCUCUCUAGAAAUGGUUACACUAGGCCUCGGCUCUCCCACUGCAUCCACCAACAACUCCAUCAUCCUCCAUCCCCAACCACAGCCACUCAAGGUGGCACCCAUCACAGCCUCUUACAAUGAGUGUAUUCGCCCUAUCCUUGAUGCCAUUGAAAGCCUCAGGCGCCUUAACAUUUCCCAAGAAGGCGUCUACCUUCCUUCUAUUGUCGUUGUGGGUGACCAGUCCUCUGGCAAGUCUAGUGUCCUCGAAUCCCUUGCCGGAAUCAGCCUGCCACGUGGCCAAGAUAUCGUCACCAGGGUCCCUCUAAUCAUGAGGCUUCAAAACCAUCCUCUCUCCAAACCCGAGCUGGUCUUGGAAUAUAAUGGUAAAUCUGUGCCUACAGACGAGGCUCAUGUCUCUGAGACUAUUAAUGCUGCCACAAAUGAGCUUGCAGGCAAGGGAAAAGGCAUAUCCAACUCCAGGUUAACUUUGUUGGUGAAGAAGAAUGGGGUUCCUGAUCUGACAAUGGUCGAUCUUCCUGGUAUUACUCGGGUGCCUGUUCGUGACCAGCCUGAGGAUAUCUAUGACCAGAUUAAGGGCAUUAUCAUGGAGUACAUAAAGCCCGAAGAGAGCAUUAUUCUCAAUGUUCUAGCAGCUACGGUUGAUUUUCCUACCUGUGAAUCCAUCAGGAUGUCACAGAGUGUGGAUAAAUCUGGAGAGAGGACCUUGGCUGUGAUCACAAAGCCUGACUUGGCCCCACAAGGCCUGCUGGAGAAGAUCACCACUAAUGACGUGAAUAUUGGUCUUGGGUAUGUGUGCGUGAGAAAUCGCAUAGGGGAUGAAUCCUAUGAAGAAGCUCGUGUGGAAGAAGCUAAACUCUUUGAGACCCACCCACUUCUGUCCAAAAUAGACUCGUCAAUUGUGGGUGUUCCUGUUUUGGCACAGAAGUUGGUUAAACUCCAAGCACUUGGCAUAUCCAAGACAUUGCCAGAGAUAGUAAAAAAGAUUAAUGACAAGUUCAGUUUUUACCUAUCGGAACUGGAGUGUCUACCCAAGAAUCUUGCUUCAGUAGCCGAAGCUAUGAGUCUUGUGAUGCAUCAAAUCGGCUUAUCUGCAGAAUCACUGAAGAAAAUUCUCAUCAGAGGAGAAUUUGAUGAGUACCCUGGUGAGAAGCACAUGCAUUGCACCGCUCGCCUUGUUGAUAUGCUGAACCAGUACUCAAACGAUCUCCACACAUGUCCUGCUAGUGAUCCCGCCAAGAGCUUUUUGAUGGAGGAAAUAAAGGUUCUUGAGGAAGCCAAGUGCAUCGGACUACCAAACUUCAUGCCUCGCACUGCUUUUCUGACUGUCCUGCACAGUAAAGUGAGGGGGAUUUCCGGCAUCCCAGUCGGGUUCAUCGAUAAGGUAUGGGACUAUCUUGAAAGCGUGGUGCUUAAUGUUCUGAUGCGUCACACAGAACACUAUGAGCUUCUUCAGAAGUGUACUCGACGAUCAGCGCGGAAUCUUAUCGCUAAGAUGAAGGAGCAAUCUAUCAAAUAUGUUAUGGGCAUAGUGGAAAUGGAAAAGCUGACUGAUUACACUUGUAAUCCUGAGUACAGUUCUGAAUACAACAGGCUAAUGGCUCAGAAAGAUGUCUUCAUGAAAGGUAAAAAUCAAAAGCUAAGUCAGGUAAAGCUUCAAGACAUUGGAGAAGUUGAAAUUGCUCAUCUAGGGCGGUACCCAGAACAUGACACUAAUCAAGCAUUUGACUUGAAGAUGAGGAUCACUGCAUAUUGGAAGGUAGUGGUGAGGAGGCUCAUUGACAGUACUGCUCUUCACCUUCAGUUCAGCAUCAACAGCCUUGUGAACAAGGAUUUGGAGCAAGCGAUUAUUAGUGAUUUCAUGGGUCCAUGUGGGGGUGGUAUUGAAAGCUUGCUGGUGGAACCUCCUUCAGUUUCUGGGAAGAGAGAGAGGAUUAACAAGGGGCUUAAAGUCCUCAAAGAAUGCAAGGAGGUUGUGGCUAAUAUCAUGGAUGAAAUCUCAAGUUAUGGGGUUUAG